AUGGCGUCGCCGUUUGUAGGGGUUUUCGCUUUCGGAGAUUCAGUUCUUGAUACUGGCAACAAUAAUAACCUCUCUAGUGCAGCCAAAUGCAAUUUUCCACCCUAUGGAAGAGAUUUCAUCGGAGGCAUCCCAACCGGAAGAUUUAGCAAUGGGAAAAUUUACCCUGAUUUUAUAGUGGAAGCCUUGGGUAUCAAGCAUGUCUUGCCAGCCUAUCUAGACCCAAAGCUUCGCUCUGAAGAUCUCCCAACUGGUGUAUGCUUUGCUUCUGGUAGUUCUGGUUAUGAUCCUCUAACAGCAUCUACAGUGGGAGUUUUAACUUUGUCAGAUCAAUUAGAACUCUUCAAGGACUACAGAGUGAAACUAAUCGGAUUAGUUGGCGAAUCAAUCGCAAAAACCAUCAUAGCCAACAGUUUGUUUUUAGUUUCAUCAGGCAACAAUGAUAUUAUUAUUACAUAUCCUCUCCUUGCCCGAAAGGAUGAGUUUCACUCAUAUGCUGCGCUUCUGGUUAGCUUCGCUUCAACAUUCUUAAAGGAUUUAUAUAGCAUUGGGGCACGGCGAAUCGGUAUUCUAAAUGUAGCCCCAUUGGGAUGCCUACCGUUGGAAAGAAAUGGAGGAAGACUAGAAAGAGUAUGUUUGGAGUUGCAAAACCAAAGAGCGAAGAUGUUCAAUUCCCAGUUAUCAUCCGAAUUAGAUACCAUCAACAAGGACUUCCCAGAUGCCAAGCUAGUUUUACUUGAUAUCUACCACCCUCUUCUUGCACUCAACCAACACCCUCAAAACUCAGGAUUUGAAGUGGUGAAGUUCGGGUGCCGUGGCAGUGGAACGGUGGAAGUGACGUCGUUUUUAUGCAAUCCAUUGAGUACAUCUACAUGUUCAAAUGCAUCUAAAUACGUAUACUGGGAUGCACUUCAUACCACCGAGCGAGCUCACAGAUUGAUCGCUUCUCAAUCUUUCAAAUUGAUCACCAGUAUAUAA